AUGAAUGUUGAGGGUAUCGUGACACAUUCGAACGACAUUGACUACAUGAGUAUUCAUCGUGCUGCGUUGGUUCGCUCGGCAUUAUGCCUUACAACUGCCAAGUGUCGGCCAUCACCUACGCUCUUUUGUUUUCCAAAGCUUGAGUCCCACCCUCGGCAUGACACAAAAAAGUUUGAAUGGAUUAAAUCUAUUGAAAGUAACCACAAGAAGAUAACCACAGAGUAUCUAGCACUUCAAGCACAUCGCAAUGAAAUGAAAGUAUCAAGUGAUAUGAACGACUACAAGAUUCAGGACAAGGAGCAUCAGCUGCAUCAAGGCCAUUGGGAUUGGAUUUCAUAUGUCACACAAGGUCGACGUCAAACAGAUUUUGCGAUACAUUGCCCUACAACUGUUGAGAUUCUCGAAUCAAUUCCUGGAUUCAUGACGAAUGUGCCAUUUGCCUACUCAUUCUUUUCGGUAUUAAAACCACAGUCUAGUAUCAAAGCUCACUCUGCUCCGUGCAACAUUCGUCUUCGUUGUCGCUUUCCGCUCAUUGUGCCAUCUGAUUGUGGUAUUCGUGUUGGCAACGUGUCUCGACAAUGGCAAGAAGGCCAAGCACUUUUAUUUGAUGAUGCUUUUGACCACGAAGUAUGGCACAAUGGACAUAAGGGAGAUCGAGUCGUUUUGCUAUUCGACAUUUGGCAUCCAGAUCUCGUACAAGAUGAGCGUGAGGCAAUAACUGAAAUGUUUAAUGAUGCAAAGGCCAAAGGGUGGCUUUCAAACGAUGGAUAA